AACACAAACAAAACUAAAAAUUUAUGUUCCUAAUUAACAACUCUUACAAGAUGAAACUUAAAAACCCACUCUUUCUUAAGGUUUAGGUUUAGCACGGAACUCGAAAUUUUCAGUUAAUUUAUUUUCGCGGGCGCUAUUUAAAGAGCUUGAUUUUCGUUACUAGGUUUUUAAAAUUUUUUUUUAAUAGCGAAUAUCGAAGAAGAACGAGAAAGUGGGGAUGGGUGAUGUAGGGUUUUUCGAGAAAACAGAUUCUCGGGAAAAUGAAGGGAAUUUGGAAGAAAGUGAAGGAAAAAAUAAGGAAAGAAAUGAACAUGAGGAAGAAGAAGCUGUCGUUUUUUAUAGGCAGCAGCAGCAUCAGCAUGCAACGUUCUUAGGUCUCGAUCUUAAUCUGCAGCCGCCUGAGGAAAUUGAUUUCGGGAACGAGUUUUGGGGGUUUGAUUUUGGGUUUCCCGAGAAACAAACGGAAAAUUUCACCGAGUCACAAAGUGUUGUUCUUGGUGUCGAUUUGGAGAGAAAGGAAAGAAGCCCAAGUGUUGAAAUCGUUAGUCCUUCAAGUAUAAAGACGAAAAGAAGCCCCAAUGUCGUUUUUGAUAUUGUGUUUCCCGAGAAAGAAACAGAAAACUUCACAAACUCAGGAAGUGUUGUUUUUGGUGUCGAUUUGAAGGGAAAGGAAAGAUGCCCAGAUGUUGAAAUCGUUAGUUGUUCAAGUAAAAAGAGGAAAUUUUCCGUUCAAGAAAAAGGCAAAGCAAAAUUAGAUGGGUUUGGUAUUGAAUUAGACGAAAAAGAGAUUCUUCAUGAUUUGAUGCAAAUAGACCCAGAGAAAUGGGUUUCGAUUUUGGAUUCACCAGUUGAAGAAGAGAAGCCAAAUUACAUUGAAUUUCAAGGUUUAACACGUGAUAACACUGUUAACCAUGAAAGGGCUGAUUUAUUGGAGGAUUUUCAAGAAUUAUUGAAAAAGGAGAAAUCAAAAAGACAGCAUGAGAUUGCUAAAGAUUUUGCUCAAAGGCUUGCACGUGAAGUUGAUUCUGAAGGAGACCUUUUAAAAUCUUCUUCUACUAAGGAUGAUGCUUCGAAGAGUGUUAUUGUUGAUGAUGAUGAUAAAGAAGAAUUAGGAACUCCUUUUAGUAUAGCAAUGGAGGUGAUUAAAACUCGAAUUUCGAGUUCAACUUCAAGAAGGAAGAAGUUAUCAAGUGAAGGAUUGGGAGCUGAGUUCAAAUGGGUACCUAAGAAUGUUAAAAGAACCUCUUUUAUGGCUCGUGAGGUUCCUUCGUUGCUUGACCUUAGUUUGUGUGCUCUUGCGAAGAAUGCCGAAGCAAUUGUAUCACUCAACCAUGUUCCUGAUAUGCUGCGGCACAAGCUUAGUCGAUCGGUGUCCAAUUCUAGGAAAAUGGAUGCCCAUUUUUUACAACUUCUUGCUAGCGGAUCACCAACAGAGAUUCGAGUCAAUGACUGCUCCCGAGUCACUGAAGACGAAUUCACCAAGAUAUUUGGUUGCUGUGAUACUAAAAACUUGAUUGUGUUGCAGCUUGACUUGUGUGGAUCAUGUAUACCGGAUUAUGUUCUACAAGAUACGUUAGCUCAUUCAUCGAAAAGUCUUCCUGCUUUAGUUACCUUGUCUUUGAACGGUGCAUAUCGCUUGACGGACCAAGGGCUAAAUGCACUCGCAUUGUCUGCACCUGCUCUGCAGUCAAUAAAUCUGAGCCAGUGCUCCCUUCUCACAUCAUCUGGCAUCAAUGAUUUAGCUAACUGCUUUGAAUCUACCUUAAGAGAGCUUUAUUUAGAUGAAUGUCAUAAUAUAGAAGCCAUGGUUGUAUUGCCUGCACUGAAGAAGCUUAAAUGUCUGGAAGUGCUGUCUAUGGCUGGAAUUCAGACUGUUUGUGAUGACUUUGUCAUCAAAAUGGUCGAAGCAUGUGGCAAAAAUAUGAAAGAGCUAGUUUUUGCUAGUUGUGUGGAAUUGACUGAUGUAUCUCUCAAAUUUGUGGGGAAAAAUUGUUCCAAAUUAUGCGCCAUUGACCUAUCUUACUUGCGGAAGUUGACGGAUUUAUCAAUGAGAUAUCUCGCUAAUGGUUGUCGAUCAAUUAACAGGCUUAAACUGUGCCGCAAUGGUUUCAGCGAUGAAGCUAUUGCCGCCUUCUUUGAAGCCUCUGGAAGUUCUCUAACUGAACUUUCCCUAAAUAAUAUUGCCUCGGUGGGACUGAACACUGCUAUAUCGCUUUCCAAAUGUUCGAGAAAAUUGUUCAGUUUGGACUUAUCAUGGUGCCGGAAUUUAACCGAUGAGGCACUAGGGUUGGUUGUAGAUAGUUGCUCGUCACUGAAGCUGCUAAAACUCUUCGGAUGUACACAGAUCACCGACGUGUUUCUAAAAGGGCAUUCGAAUCCCCAGGUCCAGAUCAUUGGACUGAAGAUGGCAACAUUAUCGGAAUUUCUCAACGUGUUUGAACCCCGAGAAGCUCCAUUGCGGUAUUCACCGGUCGAUAAUCUCCACUAAUUAGUUCCAGCUUGAAUAACCUCAGUUUGCUAGCUUCAGCUUCAUUCAUUGACAUAUAUACAAAAGCAAUACUGAUUCAUUCAAAGCCUUAUCAGAACAUACCCUACAAAAAUAAUUACCAUACACCAGACCAAGCUAAUCUCUGUAGAGAUACAUACAUCUCACUUCUUUUUGGUGUCCUAUUACAUUCACAAUCAUCCAAAACCUGUAUAAUGCUCAAUGAAAUGUUUUGGAUAGUUCACAUGAUAUGAAUCAAAUUGAAGAGAUAGAAAUUUUCUCCAUUGUUGAGACUAUUUCUGUUUAUUCUAUAUGGUUGUCUUCUAUUUUCAUCUCAGCUGUAAAACUAUGUAACUUGGACUCGGGUGUGAGUACCCAACACCAAUAUGGUUAGAUUUUCUUAAGUUUUUAUAGUAUGUUGGACACGUGUCAAACAUGGUAACUUCAAAAAGAAUGAAUUUCUUGUGGGGAGAGAUUGGCUCCCCCAAGAGAAGUUUUCAAAGUGUCUCCUUGAGGAUACGACUUGAUCCUUCAACAAUGGAAAGUAUUGUUCCCUUCCAUAGAGAGCUGUGUAUGGUUCACAGAGGGGUGCCUCAACUGUACAUAGACAUAUGGCCACCCACCCAGAGACGACAUAAGCCUCUCGCUCUUCAUGGAUUUGAACCCCUGAUCUAUGAAAUAUAAGUCACUUGUUGAGAGCAACAUAGUUGCAAAAUAUCCUUGAUCCUUCAAGAUGAUUAAACAAAAAACAAAAUGAACAAAAUGGAAAAUCGACUAGUUUUAUAGCAAAAGAAUUUCCAGUGAUAAACUGAUACAGAGUAAGAGGUUUAAAGGACCUUUAUUUAACUCAAAAGAAAGUGCUAAGUUUAACUGGUGGCAUUCGAUUUGGAGCUCUUGGACCGGCUCUCGUUGAGUCGUCUCAUCCAUUUCUUCUGCGACGACGUUAAAGCAGUGAACAACGAAGGAGAUGAAGCUCUUCUCAGAGGUUGUCCAGCCACCGGAAGCUCCACCGGGAGUGCUGCGGCGGUACUAGUAAAUGCGUUGAGAACCAGAAAUGCAAGUAUUGGAGAUAGAUCCAAUGUUCCUCCCAAUGGUGGAAUUAUUCCCCGGAAUAUGUU